AAAGGCAUGACCUUUGCCGUUCCCGGGUUCUGUAAUUUUCCCGCCAAUCCAAUACGAGAUUUGGCGCCAUUUUCCGAAGCGGCCUCUACUCACAUGACUAGGGCGAGACGCCAUUCCUUCGCCGCCGUAGUUGAUCCCAACGAAGCCGCAAUGUCUUCCAGAGCCGCCGCCGCCGCCAAAAACAAAACCCUACUCGACAUCUUCCAACCCGCCGCCACCACCCCAUCCGCCAAACGCUUCAAACCCCAGUCUUCCUCCACCACCCAAUCCGAUGACGUCAGCGCCGAUCCUCCGUCUGCCCUCACCGCCGAGCAGAAGUCACGCAUGGAGUUCCACAAGCUGCUCGCCGGAGCCAAACGCAACCGCACUAUCUGCUCCGGCAGAGUCUCCGAUUCCAAUGCCAAAGGUGAAGGAGUGAAAUUGGAGGAGCUACUGGUGGAGGACACGUGGCUGACGGCGUUGCCUGCCGAGCUUAAGAAGCCGUACGCCGUCAACCUCAGCAAGUUCGUUGAGAGCGAGAUUUCCGGCGGCGGUGUUCCAAUAUAUCCGCCUACUCACUUGAUCUUUAAUGCUCUGAACUCCACCCCUUUUGAUCGGGUCAAGGCUGUGAUUUUGGGCCAGGACCCGUAUCAUGGGCCGGGUCAGGCGAUGGGUUUGUCCUUCUAUGUGCCAGAGGGAGUGAAGGUGCCAUCAAGCUUGGUUAAUAUAUUCAAGGAGCUUCACAAUGAUGUUGGCUGUUGUAUUCCAUCUCAUGGCAAUCUGGAAAAAUGGGCUGUUCAGGGUGUUCUGUUGCUCAAUGCUGUUCUUACUGUUAGGGAUCACCAGGCUAACUCUCAUGCUAAGAAAGGAUGGGAACAGUUUACUGAUGCUGUUAUCCAAACCAUUUCAAAAAAGAAGGAAGGAGUUGUCUUUUUGCUGUGGGGAAACUCUGCACAUCAGAAAUCCAGGUUAGUUGACGUGUCGAAGCAUCACAUUCUUAGAGCAGCACAUCCGUCUGGUUUGUCUGCACACAGAGGCUUCUUUGGCUGCAGGCAUUUUUCUCGUACGAACCAGCUUCUCGAGGAGAUGGGCAUUCCUCCAAUCGACUGGCAACUUUGAUCUGCAACAGUCAUAUCAGCUCGGCAGCACCUAAUCCUAACUUAUUUCGUCUCCGGAUAUCUCUGUCAAGUCACGUAUGAUCGAGGAGGUUGGAAAUCUUCUAGAUGUUAGUUUGUUGUACAGAAUACGGAUGUCUUUUGAUAGUUCCAUCUAUGCGAGUAGUGUUGCUUCCUACGCUAUUCAAUUUUGUCAGUUAGUUGAUCAUCUGUAUUUCCUUUUGAAUGUUUCUGCUCAUCAAUGUCAAUGCAGAGUUCCUUUUGCA